AUGGGAAGAGACAUUGUAAGGCAAGAAUCAACCAGGGAUCCUGGAAAACGUACUCGCCUGUGGCAUUACAAAGACUGUAUCACAGUCUUAGACGAAAAGACGGGUGCAUAUACUAUACAAGGAUUAAGCCUCUGUAUUUCAAUGAACAAAGAUAAACCACCCAGGACAUUUUCUGACAGAAACAUAGCAAGAGAGUACCUUUUGGAGUAUGCUCGUAAGAUUAGAGAAGCAAAGAUUACCUCUGAAACAAAUCCAGUAAAGAGGCGUCGCCUUAGCAGUUUCUUCCCUUGGUCUCCCCGAGAUUCUGCAGGAUCCACUCGUCUAGAGUUAGAACCAAAACAACAGGAGUUCGAUACAGAUGCAUUUUCAAUGAUGCAUGAACUAAGACUGCUCCAACUUGAUAGUACAUCACUCAAGGGAAGUUACAAGGAAUUCCCCAGGAAGCUAAGAUGGCUCUGCUGGCGCAAAUUUCCACACAGACAGAUAGAUGAUGAUAUGCCAUUGGAGAGCCUGGUUGUUCUACAGAUGCGCUACAGCAGGCUGGAGCAGAUCUGGAGUGGAACUAGGUUUCUAAGACUCUUGAGGAUCCUUGAUCUCAGUAAUUCGUGUAACCUUUCUAGAAGUCCCAACUUUACGGAGUUUCCUAAUCUCGAGAGGUUAUAUCUGAAGUAUUGCACAAAGCUGAUAGAGAUUGAUGAAUCAAUCUGGGGCUUGAAAAAGUUGUUUCUGUUGAACCUCAAGGGCUGUAAAAACCUCAGGAGACUUCCAACAAGUUUAGGUGAUCUUCAGCUGCUAGAAAGGCUUGUUUUGUGUUGGUGCUCCAAACUUGACUGGUCAUCCUUACCAUGGGGAAACAUGCAAUCUCUGAAGCAACUCUAUGCAUGUGGGACUGCAAUAAAUCAAGCACCUUUUUCCACGGGUGACAAGAACUUAUUGAGGUCAGCCUUUUGGACAUUGGCGCCAACCCCAAGAGAUGGUUCUAACUCUCUUAGUUUCACAUUGGCUUCACUAUCACGGUCAUUGCAAAUUUUAAGUCUCGUUGACUGCAAAAUAACAGAUGAUGCAAUUCCAUAUGAUCUUGGUAACCUAUUUAUGCUGCAAGAAUUGAUUCUUAAUGAAAACCCAAUCACUAGCCUACCUAAGGGAAUCAAAUAUCUUCCUCGCCUUCGAUCGCUUCAGCUGGAGCGUUGUGAAAAGCUUCAGUUUCUUCCAGAGCUUCCACAGACUUUAAAGUCCUUGAGUGUCCAUGAAUGCAAAUCCUUAGAAGUGAUAACAAAUUUACCAAACUCGUUGACAUCCUUACUGUUUCUUGGAUUUUACUGUGGAAAACUAAGAGUGGUUGAGGAACUGUUCCAAUUAAAACCCAUCGGGAGUUUCGAUUCUAAAUUGACUGAUAUGUUCGGCCUGAUAGACAUAGAAAUCCUAAAAAAGGUCCAUGUAAAUUUGUACAACUUCCUCACCUUGACAAGAAGGAUAGAACCGAUUCAGGGUCUCUAUGAGUUUGGAAUUUUCAGCACUUUUCUUCCCAAAACUGAGAUGCCACCAUGGUACGCAUACAGAAGCAUGGGAAAUCCAAUACGUAUCAAUGUGCCUUCAGUACCUGAUCUCCACAUUCAUAGUUUAAAUAUUUGUAUUAUCUACAAAGAUAGUGACAUAAGCACCACAGAGAAUAAAGAUAGAUUAUGGAAUGAAAAUCGAGUUAUGAUUAACAAUGAGACUAUGGAUGUAAAAUGGACCUAUAGUCCAGUGAUAAUGGGCAUUCCAUAUCAUGAUGAAGGUAUAACAUCGUUAAGCCACUGGAAGAUAGGGCAGUGCCUGGAUAGAGGUGAUAAAGUCAAGAUUUCUGUUGCAUUGAUGGAUGAGUUACAGUUGGAGGAGUUCGGAGUCCAAAUUGUGUAUGAGGAUGAUGAUGAGGGUACUAGACAAGUAUUUGCUUAUCAGUCUCAGCAUCAUCUCAUUAAUGGAGUCGACAUCUCUGCUUUUCAGGUGGCCAGAGAUUCUUACUUUCUAUGUCAUCAUGAUAUGGAUAUCUACCAAGAGAACUCAAAGAACGAUGGUUGGCGCACCAAUGGCUGGUUAGAUUUCUUGUUCAAGGACUCUGAAGAAGAUACAAAUACUGAUGCUCCAACUGCAGAUUCGGUACUAAAACAAGGAGAUGAUAAGAUGUUUCCAUGA